AGACCCACGCCCGCGGGCUGGCCUCGGGGCUACAGUGUGAAGCAGCGGGGCCCCGGACACCAGAUGAUUGAGGAGUGGAUGCUAGCAGCCAAUCAGGCAGUCGCACGACGCCUCUUCUCCGCUGUCCUCGAUAAGCAUCGCUCAAUGAAGGCCACCGCUGACUCCGGCGACGAGACCGCGACAGAGUCCGAUAGUGAUGCGGUUGAAUCAGAUGAAGGAGAAGUAGUAGAGGACUCAGAGACUGCUGUUUCACCCGUCCGACCUCGAAGAAACUCAAACCGAAAUGGUAAUAAUAAAUUUCGUUCGCAGUCUCUGGGCACACUGCUUCGACGUCAUCCUCCUCCAAAACCCAAAAAGAUGGAAGAACUGAUCAAACUGACUGCUGCUGCAUCGAUUAAUAUGGACACCUCAUCGGCUGCUGCCAUACGAGUAAGAGUUCCCUUUCUGUCCAUUUAA